AGGACGCGGCGCGCGGGAUGGAGAGGACCCAGGAAGCUUCUGGGGGAGGCCAGGCGGAGGCCGGGUCCCCAGAGGAGCCCUUGGAGAGCCCGGAGACGACGCGAUCGCAUGUCGUCGCGGAGGCGCCGCCACCCGAGGUCCCCGCCGGCCACCCGAGGGCGGAGCGGGCCGGGCGGGAGGCGGCGGACGCGGAGCUCCUGGAGCUGACGGAGGAGAAGCCGCAGCCUCCGGCUCUGUCCGGGCCCCCGCGCUUGCAGCCGCUCAGCCUGGGCUACGGCGCGUUCCGCCGCCUGGGCUCGUGCAGCCGCGAGCUGCCGCCGCCGAGCCCCACGAGGGCCGAGCAGCCCCGGGACGGCGAGGCCGAGCUGCAGCCCUGGGCGGCGACAGGAGAGCCCGGGCCCUGGGCUCCCGUGGAGCUGCAGGUGGACGUGCGAGUUAAACCCGUGGGCGCGGCGGGUGCCAGCCGCUCGCCCUCGCCCGCGCCGUCCACGCGCUUUCUCACCGUGCCGGUGCCCGAGUCGCCCGCCUUCGCCCGCCGCGCCGCGCCCACGCUCCCGCGCCUGCCGCGCGCCCCGUCCCCGGGCUCCACGUGGGGCCGUGGAUCGCCGCUGGCCGCGACCCCGACCGAGCGGGGCAGCGCGGUUUCCCCGGGCUCGCCCACCUGCCGCUGCCGCUGCCAGGGGCCCGGCCCGGACAGAGAGGACGCCGGGCUGCUGCAGCGCGCGGGCAUGGACAGCAAGAAACUGCCCCGGGCCGUCACGCUCAUCGGGCUGCCCCUGUACAUAAAGUCCCUUCGCUGGGCCCUGGUGGUCAUGGCUGUGUUCCUGGCUGUCUGCACUGUAGUCAUUGUGGCCCUGGCCUCUAGAGGCGGAGCCAGUUGCCAGCCAUGCCCUCAAGGUUGGCUGUGGUCUCAGGAACACUGUUACUACCUCUCUGAAGAUGCCCAAGACUGGGAGGGCAGCCAGGCAUUCUGCUCAGCCCACCAGGCUACACUGCCCCUGCUGAACCACACCCAGGACUUCCUAAGAAAAUACCACAUCACCAAAGAGUCCUGGGUGGGGGCCCAACGAGGCGCUGAAGGCUGGCACUGGACUGAUGGGGUCCCCUUGCCAUCCCAACUGUUCCCAGAGGACAGUGAGGACCACCCAGACUUCGGCUGUGGCGGUUUGGAAGGAGGCAGGCUGGUGGCUCGGGACUGCAGCUCUCUCAGACCCUGGGUCUGUGCCAAGAGGGCCAAGUGACUUAGUGUCCUGUGGUAGACCUGUCUGGAGCUGUGUUCGCUGCUUGACUUCAGGAGGCAGGAGUUACCAGGUUCAUGCUUUCAGAGGGUCGCUCCCACCUGGUGGAGCUUGCCCAGUCCUCGGGAGCAGGAGCAUGUGCCAGAAAAUUCACGUUAUUGGGGACCAGAAGCAGAGGGCAAGCCUGAGUCAGGCCUGUCACUGUUGACAUGCCUUGACAAACCAGGCUCUACUGUCUAAAGCUCCUACAGUCCCCAAAUCCAGCACAAGCAGCUAGAGACAGGCUGGUAGGGAUCAUGUCAGAUUCAAACCAGAGUAUUCCUGUAAUGUCCCCAGGAGACUCAUGACUGUCUUGUCUCGGUUUUUUGAGACAGGAUCUCUGUGCAACCCUGGUUGGCCUGGAACUUAACUGGUGGUCCAGGGUGACCUCAAGUUCUUAGACAACCCUCCCCAAGUACAGAGAUUGUACGCCACCACACCCAGCCUACGGCCAACUAAUGCAAAAUCCAUCCAGUCCCAGUUUCAAGAGUUUCCAUAGUCUUAACAGUUCUAACAUUAUUCAAAAGUCCAGACUCUUGAGAUCCCAAGCAAAGAUAUUAGCCUUAGGGGGCUGGAGAGAUUCCACAGUUAAGAGCACUGGGUUUUCUUCCUGGGGACCUGGGUUCAAUUCUCACCACCUGCAUGGCAUGUCUGUAACUGUAGUUCUAGGGUACAUGACAUGCUCAUACAGUCACACUUGCAGGCAAACACCAAUGCACAUAAAUAAAAAGAACUUUUUUUUUAAAUUCUAGCUUUAAACACAAAUGGUAGACUUCUAAUAUGAAGUAACAGAAUACAAUUCUCAUUCCAAGAGGGCAGAAUAGGAAACUAGGCAAGAUUAGACCAGUGCUCAAGACUGAGCUCCACCUGAGCAAAUCUUAAAUUCUGCUGCUCCAUGCCCAUCAUCAGAUGUUUCAGGAAUUUGAUGGCACUGUGACACUCCGGACUGUUAACUGAAAGUUUACUUGAAUUGGGGCAUCAGCCACUGACUAGGUGACUAGAAUUGGCCGUAGAGAAACCAGCAAUUUGAAUAGAGAAGAUGCCUAGGAAGGGAAGGGCUGAAUCGCCUUAUUUAUAGCUCUUCAAUCGAUUAACAUUCUCAAUUUUCCAGAUUUCUUUUUAAUGACAAAUAGGAAAAUUACAAAGACGGGUGGAUUCUUGCGUAUGUUGAGCCUUUAGCUGAUCUAGUGCCUGUAAUUUCUCUGAUGUCCAAAGCCAUUGCUUCACCCACACAGGUUUGCCAUUCAACCCUUUUAAAGUUAGGACUUUAAAGUUGAGAGGGAGGAAGGG